CGCGGCUCACCUGGGCGGCGGGCGGGUGCGCUCUCGGCCGGCCCCAGCCCGGACCUCCCGAGCUCCCCAGGCGCUCGCAGCCCCCCUCUAACAGGUGGCUCGGUGCCUGCCCGCUCUCCGGCGGCUCCUGCGCCUCUUUCCUCCUCSUCGCCGCCGCCUAACAGGUGGUGGUGCCGCCGCGCCUUCCUCCGUGCAGCGGGCAUGGGGAACCAGGUGGAGAAGCUCACGCAUCUCAACUACAAGGAAGUUCCCACGGCCGACCCGACAGGUGUGGACAGAGAUGAAGGACCCAGGAUCGGGGUCUCCUACAUCUUUUCAAAUGACGAUGAUGAGCUGGAGCAGCAGCAGGAUUCGGUGCAUGACCUGGGGGGUGAGAACCCUGCCCUGCAGCCCUACGAUCCCCAGCUGCACGAGGUGGAGUGCUCAGUCUAUUACCGGGAUGAGUGUAUUUACCAGAAGAGCUUUUCAGAGGAGGACACGCAGCUAGAGGAGGGUGAUGAAGGAGGUGGGGGGCAUCUGAGCACCUACACCCCAGAGAACCUCCUGAACAGGUGUAAACCGGGUGACCUGGUGGAGUUUGUGUGCCAAGCCCAGUAUCCGCACUGGGUGGUCUACGUCGGGGAUUUUCAAGUUGUGCACCUUCAUCGGCUGGAGGUGGUGAACAGCUUCCUCACCGACGCCAGCCAGGGCAGACGGGGCCGCAUUGCCAACCAGCUGUACCGCUACAAACCCCUCAGCCCKGCCGUGGUGGUGCGCAAUGCCCUGGAGCAGGUGGGUUGCAAGGAUCGGGACCUGAGCUGGAGAAACUCGGAGUGUUUUGCUGCCUGGUGCCGAUACGGCAAGCGAGAGUUUAAAAUCGGCGGGGAGCUGCGCAUAGGCAAACAGCCCUACCGAUUGCAGAUCCGCCUGGGUGACAAGCGCAGCCACACGCUGGAGUUUCAGAGCCUGGAGGAUCUGAUUAUGGAGAAAAGGAGAAAUGACCAGAUUGGUCGGGCUGCUGUGAUCCAGGAGCUCUCCAGCCACCUGCAGGCUGCAGAGGAGGAGGAYGAAGAGGAGGAAGACCAUCGUCACCCAGGUGCUCAGACUGCUGUGGAGUAGCAGCUCAGCACUACCAUACUGCUUAGCCUGGGUGAUGGGGAUUAAAACUGAAGGCUGCGAAAUUGAGCUGUUAUAAGCCCUUUGGGCUGCUUCGGUGCAGCUUCAUUCCAAUCACAUGUGAAAGGAAGGGGGAAAGCUGAUUAAGUGUCUGUGCUUUAGUGCUUAACUCCUUCAGUGCUUGAUGAAAAAACCCCUGACUUAUUUGUAGAGGAUAAAACUCAGGGCAAUUCUACCCCUCUCCUCUCCCACUUCUUUCUCUUCCUCUGCCGUGUUCACACAUAGCCUUUCCCUCAACCAUCUGCUAGUAGGCCUGACCCUACAAGAUGCUAAAUGCCUUUGACAUCURCUUAUCAGCAGAAGUUAAUAGUAUUUAAUACCAUUCGGAAGUAGCCAACAACUUUCAGGAUGUGACCAUGUAGCUCUGAGCAUGAGGAUAUCGUUUUCCCUUCUCUGCUACUGUUUCUCUUCAGCUGUGGCUUCUGUUGGUAUUGCAAYGAGCUGCCUCUUGCCUGGUGCAAGGCUUGGUGGGUGUAAGGCAGAAAUCUCCACUGUUUUUAAGGAAAUGGGUUUGAUGUGCCUGGUGCCUUCUUAAUUGAUAGGAAGUUGCAGGUGGGCUGGGGRACCUUCUCCUUUGCCAUCAGCAUUUGGCUUUGGGGACAGAAGUUGUGUUUAUUGUCAACAGGUCCCAGGGAGUGAAGUUUGUUGCCACAGUUAUACUCUGGUGUGUGCUGUUAAUCCUACAGGCAGAGGCUGAGGUGUGUCAGGGCUGCCUUGGCUUUCCCCUGAAGCAAAUGGCAGAGCUGAUUAUGCCUGUAGUAYACACAGAGGAGCAGAAGCAGGUUGCUUAUGUGUAAGAGUAUGUCUUGAGUAAGCUG